GGCGUCUCCAGCUCUGCUGUCCAACGAAGAGCUCUAGAUACGCGAUUCGAACGUGUUUUGCACCGAACGAACAGCGUACACGAGCUGUGGCGCAAAAACAGCGGUCUCGAGAGCCGUGAUUUUGAGUUUGGGAGAGCCUUGGCCACGCAAGCCAGCCGCCGCGUCCUCAGCGCGACGUUAGCGAUCUAAAUUCAAGCUCACACGAGUUCAGUGCUGCACGAUGAUGCGCUUCGUAGCUGUUUUCCUCGUCACCACCGUCGCCGCGUUCGCCCCGACGCCGGCGCCGCGCCACAAGAUUAUACAACACGCCGGGGACGAGCCGACCCUCGCGACGAAAGGCGCCUGGUUCGCGGCCGAGCUCGCCGGCAAGGCCAAGGCCGCUUUACAAGGCGCACCGGAACGGGGCCCGACGACGGCGCCGCCGCGCUCCGUGAGUGAGGCUGUCGACCGCAUCAAGCUUGACUAUGAGGGCCCCGAGGGACCUUACUUCCUCACUGGCAAGAUGGACGCCGGAUGCUACGACGUCGAUUGUGAAUUCGCCGACCCCUUCGUGUCGUUUAACGGGAGGGAGCGAUUCGAGAGCAAUCUGGCGAACCUCGCCGGUGGGUUCAUCACCGAGUCUUCUGUAAGACCGCUUUCAUCAAGUUUGGAGGGCAUGUCUUAUAGAACAAAACUGCUGGUGAAGCUUCGUUUAGCAUUACCGUGGUCGCCGGUGCUGGCGUGGCCCUGGGGCGUCGAGCACGUCCUCGAGGAGCGAGAUGAUGGCACUGUCGUCGUUACGAGGCACCUGGAGAGCUGGGACGUGUCCGCGGGCGAAGGUGUCCGCCAGCUGUUCCGGAGCGGGCCGACGGGGGCGCUGACCAAGGCCUCGUCGUCGCCGUCGAAGGCAGCACCGUCAAAACUAGGCACGAAGGACCCGAUCGCGGGGCCGCUCGUCGCCGCGGCGCGGAGCGUUGGUCUCUUGCCGGAGCAGGAGGCGGACGGCUGGGCCGGCGAGCCUUCUGAAUGGGCGGAGGCGGACAGCUUCACGCAGAAGCUCUCAGCGUUCACGCAAAAUUAUUUGAGUGGAUUCAAGCAGUUCGUGGCCGAACAGGUUGCUGGCGAGUUCGACGCGGCCGCCGUCGACACGGCCAUCGAGUCGGAGGUCUCCAGGGGCGGCGUGUUGAUGUAUUCGUUUACAUCUUGUCCCUUCUGCAAGAAGGCGAAGGAGCUCCUGGACGAAAAGGGCGCCUUGUAUACUGUUGUGGAGCUCGACGAGAUAGCAGAUGGCGCCGCUCGGCGGGCACGGCUCGGCGCGCGGACCGGUCGGACAUCGGUGCCCGCCAUUUUCAUUGACGGCUCCUAUAUUGGUGGCCUGAACGACGGGUCUCCCGGUUUGGCGCCGCUCGACGCCGCGGGGGAGUUGGUGCCGCGCUUGAAGGGCGCGGGGGCGUUAAGGUGAGUUGUGUGUUGA